UCCUAUAAAGAGGUAGCUACGUACCUUCGGCAAGCCGAAAAGCACGGUGAAUUCAUUUCACAAAUGAAGCAUCGAAGAGCUUUGCUGGAUUCGCCAUUUUCAUUUCUCGUGGUCUUCUUGCUGCUCCCGCUUCCCUUGCAUGGGAAGGCUUCGAGUUCUGAGAAUGUCACGAAGGAAGAGGGUCCUGUGAUUGGAAAAUCUGAGUGGAGAGGACUAACAAGCACCGAAUAUGGAGAGGUGUCUGCCAUUGACGUCAAAGAUGGACGCAGACCACCCUUCCAUCUUCAAUUCUUUACACUGGAACCCAAUUCUCUCUUCCUUCCUGUUCUUCUUCAUGCAGACAUGUUCUUCUAUGUUCAGACAGGGAGUGGAAAGCUGACCUGGGCAUAUGAUGGUGAUACUGGAACGGUAAAUCUACGUCGAGGUGACAUCUGCAUGAUUGGCACAGGCUUCGUUUUCUACUUACAGAGCAACUUGGAGGCACAGAGACACAAACUUCGGGUUCUUGCAAUUUUCCCCAACUCGGUUGAUAACCAUUACGACCCGGCAAUCGGUGCUUAUUCGAGAAUCAAUGAACUGGUCGGCGGCUUCAACAAAAAAAUCAUGCAAGCAGCUUUUGGGGUGCCGGAGGAACUGGCCGCAGUAAUUUCAAACAUAACUGAGACCCCCGCAAUAGUGCAUGCUGUUUCGAAGGAUAAAAAGAAUAUAUUGGGAUUGGAAGCUUGGAUUCUAAACAGAGCAUUAGGUGGUGAUAUCGCCACUGGCGUGUCUACCAACAAGAAGAAACCCCGAACAUUCAACGUCUUUGACAAAGAUCCUGACUUUAAGAACUGUCACGGGUGGAGCCUCAUGGUGACCCUAAAACAUUUGAAAUCAUUAGAGCAGAUUGAUGUUGGCUUCCUCGUGGUGAAUUUGACCGCGGGAGCAAUGAUGGGGCCACACUGGAAUCCACUGGCAACAGAGGUAUUAAUGGUAUUGGAAGGGGAAGGCAUGGUUCGUGUCGUAUGCGGGAACAGCAAUAUGAACAAAUCUGAAUGCCAACACAGGAGGUUUAAGGUGAAGCAGGGAGAUGUUUUCACGGUUCCUAGGUUUCAUCCAAUGGCUCAAAUGUCUUUCAACAACGACUCUCUGGUUUUUCUGGGCUUUAGCACCACAACGAAGAAGACCUAUCCUCAAUUUUUAGUGGGAACAAGAUCAGUGGUACAAAUUAUAGAUAAGCGCAUACUGGCAGCAUCUUUCAACGUGAGUGACGGAACAAUUAAGCAGCUGUUGCAAUCUGAGGUAGGAUCCAUCAUAUUGGGGUGUCUGUCAUGCGCAGAAGAGGAGGAAAGGAUCAUGAUAGAAGAAGAAGCCAAAAAGAGGGAAGAGGAAAAGAGGAGAGAGGAGGAGGAAGAAGCAAGAAAAAGAGAAGAGGAAGAAGCUAGAAGGAGAGAAGAGGAGGAAGCAAGGAAGAGAAGAGAGGAAGAAACCAGAAGGAGAGAAGAAGAGGAAGCAAGGAGAGAGGAGGAGGAAGGCAGAAGUGAAGAAGAGGAAGAAAUCACAAGGAUGCAUCUGUAUUAACUGCACGAGAUGAAUUAACAGGGAUCCAUGUGCUUGAGGGACACCAAAUCUCCAAUUAUACUCCGCUCCAAAAUAAAAAUAAAAAGCCUAAUAUGCGUGCGUGUGUGAAAGAGAGCGAGGAUGCAAUGGAUGUUUAAAUUUUUAGAAAACAUGUUCUAUCUAUGCUGCAAUGACACAAUCCCAGAGUUCUUAUAAUUAGUUAUAUAUUAUGU